AUGGAAGAUUAGAUCGAUAACGAAUUUUUGGAUGAAAAUUAACCAAAUCAAGAUUUAUAAGAGUGUGAACUUUGUCAAAGGAAGUUUCAUCCCGAAAGAAUUGAAAGACAUCUUAUUGCUUGUUAAUAGGCACAAAUAAAAUAACAAGAAAGAGAUAAAAUAAUAUAAAAAAAGAAAAAGCAAAUUGAACAAAAAAAAUAACAACUUCAAUAAACGUAAGUUGAAAUUGUUAAAACGAAUUGGAGGGAAGAGCAUUAAAAAUUUUAGGAAUAAAUCUAAUAUAACCGAAAAUUAAAAUAAGUAAUAACAGCAUUAUAUAUGAAGUUAGAAAAGGAAGGAUAGGAUAUAAAUCAAUUAAAACAACCAGAAACUAAAAUAAAUUCCAAUUAUGUUUUUUGUGAAUCUUGUGAAAGACAUUUUGAUAAAAGUAAUUAUAAAUAAUGAUAUUUAGAUGUUGCUGAAAGACAUAUACCAAAAUGUAAAGAAAUAAAAGCUAAGCCUAAACCACCAAGAAAGAAGACAGUAGAAACGAUUUAACCUUCAUAACCCUAGUUAUAAGAAAAAAGAUAAGCAUAAAUUAGUACUCCUUCUACAUCAAGUUAAAUGGAAAGGAAACCAAUUAUAAAAAAAUAAUUAUCAGAUUCAUCAUAAUAAUUUAGACCUACUAGUUUAUAAAAAUUUAUAGCUGAGUAAUCUGGCAAAGCAAAUUUAACAAACAUAGGUAUCUUAUAAAAAGUUAUGACUAGGUUUUAUUGAUUGUAAAGCAAGAGCAACAGCUAUACAAGAUACAGAAUGUCCACAUUGUAAUAGAAGAUUUAUAUCUAGAGCUGCGGAAAGACAUAUUCCUAUUUGUGAAAAAUUAACUAGAAAACACUCUUUUUGUAAGAAUAUUAAAUCAAUAAUUAGAAAUAAAAUAUCACAAUAGAAAGAGUGUUCCUAUUAAAUAGAAUAAUUUAAUGGUAGUAGCACCUACAUCAAUUUUACCUUAAAUUUAAAGAAAAGUGAAUAAGUAGUUAGAUGCAGGAACUUUACCUCCAAUAGGGAAUAGUUAAAAGUUUUGUACAGAAUGUGGAAAUAGAUUUUAGGCAAAUCAUAAAUAUUGUGGUGGAUGUGGACAUAAAAGAGAACCUGAAAUAGUAAUUUGA